AUGCUUCUUCAAAACAACACAUUCAUCUUUGGAGCAGCGAACAGCAACUUCCGAUACCACAUGAAGGUGGGGGAAACUUUCAAAAACCUCAAUCUCUUGUUUCAACGAACUUCUUUUUCAUACACUCAGCAGCAUCACCAGCUAUCUUCUAUAAUCUGCAAUAGCUCCUUUCUUCAUCACUCAGCUGUGAACACUUCUCACGAAACUUUGAUCGAAGCAACAGAGGAUUUUAAUGACAAUAACAAGCUUGGAGAGGGAGGUUUUGGCUCAGUUUAUAAGGGGACGACCAGAGAUGGCAAACAGAUAGCAGUGAAAAAGUUGUUUGCAAGGUCUGCACAGGGGAAAAGAGAAUUUAUGAAUGAAGUGGAACUCGUGACAAAUAUUCAACAUAGAAAUCUAGUGAAUUUGCUUGGAUGUUGCACCAAAAGAACCGAAAGAUUGCUUGUCUAUGAGUAUUUGCCAAACAAAAGCCUGGACACUUCUCUUUUUGACCCAUUAAAGCGCAGAAUACUCGAUUGGCAAAAGCGGUUUAAUAUCAUAAUUGGAAUUGCUCAUGGCUUUCCUUACCUUCAUGAGGACUCACAGUUUCGAAUAAUUCACAGAGACAUCAAGGCAAACAACAUUUUACUGAAUGAGCAAUUGAAUCCUAAGAUAGCUGACUUUGGGCUAGCGAGACUCUUCUCUGACAAUGAAACUGAAAUUCAAUCAAAAGUUGUAGGAACUUAUGGUUACAUGGCUCCAAAAUAUGCAAUUGGAGGGCAAUUGUCUGUAAAAGUCGACAUUUAUAGUUUUGGAGUUGUACUGCUACAAAUUGUAAGCGGAAGAAAAAAUACGGACAUGAAUCUUUCCAAAGAAAAACAGAGCCUCACCCUAUUAGAAUGGGCAUGGAGACUAUUCAAAGGAGGGCAUGCCCUAAAUAUUAUGGAUAUUGCACUGGUGGGAAAUUGCCCAGAAGAGCAAGUGAUAAGAUGCACCCACAUUGGACUUCUGUGUACAUAG